GUUUAUGCAUUAAAGGACCGAGGAAAAUGGACAAUGAUUCUGAUUCCAUCAAUUCGAACUCGAAAACACCUGAGGAAGCUGUGUCAACAAUGUAAAUGGACUCAGAUGGAUCGUCCAACACUUGAGGUAAAUUCAAAGACGAUAUUGCCGAGUCGAUAGAAAAAAUGCAUACUGAGUCUGGGGAGGCAGGGACUUCAUAAACCAAUUUCAAAAGAAAACCAGUCAUCAUCAUUGUUGUAGGAAUUGCAGUGGAAAAACAACGUUCCUUCAUCGCCUAGUUUGUCAUAUGCAAGCUUCAAAUAUCCAGGGCUAUGUAAUGAAUCUUGACCCUGCUGUGAUGUCCCUCCCAUUCAGUGCAAAUAUCGAUACAAGGGACACCAUCAAAUACAAGGAAGUGAUGGAGCAGUUCAAUCUUGGUCCUAAUGGUGGAAUCCUGACAUCACUCAAUUUGUUUUCUACUAAGUUUUAUGAGGUUAUUUCGGUUAUUGAGAAACGAGCAGAUCAGCUAGAUUAUGUUCUUGUGGACACUCCUGGUCAGAUCGAGAUAUUCACUUCGUCUGCUUCUGGAGCAAUCAUAACAGAAGCUUUUGCUUCGACCUUUCCCACUAUAAUUACAUAUGUAGUUGAUACACCUUGUUCUUCGAAUCCACAAACUUUCAUGAGCAAUAUGCUUUAUGCUUGUAGCAUUCUCUACAAGACACGAUUGCCUUUGGUGUUGGCAUUCAACAAGACUGAUAUGGCUCAGCACCAAUUUGCUUUGGAGACUUUGAGGCAUUUCAUGUGGCACUAGAUUCAGAUCAUUCGUACAUGUCAACCCUUACUAGAAGCCUCUCUCUUGCUCUGGAGGAGUUCUAUGAGAAUCUAAGAUCUGUUGGAAUGUGCAGUUUCUCGUGCUGGAAUGGAGGCUUUCUUCAAGGCCAUUGAAGCAAGUGCCGAAGAGUACAUGGAAACGUACAAGUUUAGCACAUACUCAACUCUUCAUCAAGUUGUAGUGUGAUUUUAUUUUUAUGGGCAUGAUGUGGCUGAUCCUUGUUGACUCGAUCUUUUUGUUGUCAGGAUAAGCGAUCCACUAUUAUUCUUGUGUGGCAUUUGCUUGUUUUUUUAGGGCUGAUCUUGACAAGCGGUGGGCAGAGAAGCAACAUUUGGAGGAAGAAGAAGGAGGGAGAACAUGGAGAAGCUGAGGAAAGAUAUGGGACGUCCAGGGGAGAAACUGUGGUAUUGAGCAUUGGUUUGAAGGAUAGAGAAAUCAGUAGUAAGGCCAUGAUGGAUGAAGAUGACGAAGAGGAAGAGGAAUACAAUUAUGAGAGGUUUACUGAGGAGGAAGGUGUUAUAGAUGAGGAUGAA